UUAAAAUGUCAAUAAUCUAAGCUCAAUAGGACUGUACUCAAAUAAAAAUAAUUUAUUAUAUGUGUUAUUAAAAUCAAAGGGAUAUCUCGGAUCUAGUAGUAGAAAACUAUACCUUCCAACAAGUAGAAAACUUCAAAUAUCUUGGAGUAAACAUAAAUCAAUACAAUAACAUGCAUAAUGAAAUUAAAAUUAGAAUAUCAGCCGCUAAUAAGGGUUAUUACGCUUUGGAAAAAUUGUUCAAGUCAAAGUUCCUCUCUAGACGAUCAAAGGAAUGCCUGUACUUAAGUUUCCUACGGCCAGUUCUAACAUUUGCAUGCGAAACAUGGUCGACUACUAAAGGAGAUGAGGAAAAAAUGGCUUGCUUCGAAAGAAGAGUUCUUAGAAGGAUUUAUGGACCUAUACUAGAAAAUGAAGUGUACAGAAGAAGAACCAAUAAGGAAGUACAACAAAUUUAUCAAAAACCUGGUAUCAACGCGUACCUUAUGAGCAAACGAAUUGAGUGGGCAGGCCAUGUAUGGAGGUCAAAUGGUAUCCUAAAGAAAGCUCUGGAAAAAAAAAUCACUGGAAAAAGACCUAGGGGUCGCCCCAGACAGCGCUGGAUAGACAGGAUCAAGGAGGAUAUUGACAAGUGCGCCCAGGGAUUGACUUUAGAGGAUAGUGUUGACAGAGAUAGUUGGAGAAAAGUAGUAGAGGCAGCGAAAGUCCUUCAAGGACAGUAAAAGCUGAAGAAGAAGAAGAAGAAGUUAUUAAAAUCAAUAUUUAUAUGAAUAGAUUAUUACUUUUGAUUUAUAUUGAAUGCACUAAAAGAACAAAACUAUUGACGAAUAUGUAAUUAUUUUGAAUUAAAAAUUGAAAAAAUAAAUUGUGCUCUGAAAAUUCAAAACAUACGCAGACAUACAAUUUAAAGUACAAAAAAGUUUAAUGUCUCUAUCAAUUUCUCAAGACGAUUUGCCACAAUAGUAAUCAAAAUAAAUAUUAACAACAUUUAAUGGAUAUGAAAGGAACAAAACAAGCGGCGUGAAUCAAUGCUUCACUAGUUACUAACAAGAUAAAUUGCUCGUUUAACACG